AUGAAUAAAAACAACAAAGUCAUAGAUAAUGAGAUAGAAGAAGCAUUCAUUCCUUUCUUCUUGCGAAAAUCAGUGGUUCGUUAGCAGUCAUUGUUAGACUUUAGUGUAUUGCAUUAUAAUACGUUUUAUAUUGACGAUUUAAGUAAAGAAUUGAAGUUUUUUUAUUUGUAUUGAUAUUAUUUGACGCAAUGGAAGAUGUAAAAAUUGUAAAAACUCAUUCAAUGGUUGAAGAACGGAAAGUUACAUAUGAAUGGAAAAUAGAUCAGUUUCCUACAAUUAUGCGAUUUCCUGGAUACAAGAAAGACAAGAGUACAAUCCAUUCACCAGUUUUUUCGACAAAUAAUAAACCUGGUGAAAGUUCAUGGUAUUUGAAGAUGAGUCUUCUGUAUUUAUUUCAGUAUGGCGAAUGGUUUUCGAUAUCUUUGACAUAUUGUGGUUCUCGUCCCUCAAUAAGAGCCCACUAUUCGAUAUUUAUUAUUGAUCAUGGAAAAAAAAAACGAAAUCAACUAAUGGGAAAUAAAAUUUUUAAAAAAGAUGAAGGAUAUAAUAUUCAGUCGUGUGUUCGAGUACUUGACCUAUUUAAAGACAGAAAUAAAUUAUUACCUAACAAUACAUUUACGGUAUUUCUUGAACUUACUGAAUUUUUUAUACGUUCUCACACUAGUCGACCCAUCACUAUAUUCCGAUUAAAAAAAUCUAAACAAAUUGUUGAUGAUUUGCCAGCUCUUUUUCAGAGUAAAGAUUACAGUGAUAUUAUUCUAGUUGUUGGUGAUAAGAGAAUUCCAGCUCACCAAGCUUUACUAAUGCAUCGAAAUAAUGUAUUUCGCGCAAUUUUGACAUGCCACAAGAAAAAUGACAAAAAUAAUGAAGUAAAUAUCACUGAUAUGGAUCCUGACAUCCUUGAAAAACUAUUAGAAUUCAUUUAUACGGACAAUGUGACUAAUCUUGAUGAAGUUGCUGAACGUUUAUUUGGAGCGGCAGAUAAAUAUCAGAUACCAGCUCUUAAAAAUUUAUGUGAAGAAUCACUUUGUAAAAACAUAACUGUUAAAAAUGCCGUUCAAUAUCUUGUUUUACUUAAUCGUUAUAAUGCUAACGGAAAUUUUUUGAAUUAUAUAGCAGAUUUUAUUGCAAUCAAUUCAAAAAUAAUCAGCGAAACUGAAGAAUAUAAAGCAUUACUAAACACUAAUCCAGUAUUAUUGAUGACUGUAUUAACAAAAAUUUGCAGUUAGCAAAUAAAAAAAAAGAUCAACAUCUUGGCAAUUCAAUACUGCAGCAUGAGCUGGAUAUUUGUAAUUUAAUUAUUAUCAGUUAUAUUCCUUAACUUUGGAUCUGAUGUAAAUCUUUCUAUUUUUUUUUAUCUUUUUUUAUCAUAACUUUCAUUUUAAUAAUAUGAUUUACAAUAGUUAUUACAUCAAUUAUAUAAAUGGACUCAAUAUUUCUGCUAAUUUGUUGCUGUCAAAGUAUAUUUUGUAAAACAAAACAAAUUAUUAUUUUGUAUUCUUAAUCU